AUGGGGGACUUGACGACACUCUCCGACGAGUGGACACCGGGGAAUGGGACGGAUUUACCCGGCGAGGAUGACCCACCGUACUCGCCAUGGGCCACCGUCUUGAUCUUACUCCUCACCGGUACCGUCAUCGUCUUAACUCUCUUCGGGAAUAUACUGGUCAUCUUAUCUGUGUGUCUCGACCGCAAGCUCCGCAAACCACCCAAUUUUCUCAUCAUCAACUUAGCGAUAUCAGACAUUGCCGUUGCAGCAUUGGAUAUGCCGUUUGCCGCAGCAUACCAAAUUAAGAAAGUUUGGAUUUGGGGACCGGCAGUGUGUGACUUGUGGAUUUCAUGCGACGUUUUAGCGUGCACUGGCUCUAUCAUGACUCUGUGUAUGAUCAGUGUGGAUCGGUACAUGGCCAUAACAAGACCGAUGACUUACGUGAAUAAACGCACCUCUAGGCUCAUGCUACUGUUUAUACUCAUCGUAUGGGUGACAAGUGCGUUUAUUGGGUUUCAACCCCUGUUCAUAUGGGGAGGAAAUGAACACGGGCCCGAGUAUAACUUCUGUCUGAUCUCACAGAACCCGUACUAUACGAUCAUUUCAACGCUGGGGGCUUUCUAUCUUCCACUCUCCGUUAUGUUAUUGGUUUAUUUUAAGAUUUAUCGCGCGGCUCGGAAGAGCGAGCUGGCUGAUUUGAAGCAAAGGCAGACUGCAACCAUCAAACGCGCGGCAGUGAAAUUAAACUCCAUUGAUGUGGGUCGAUCCAUAGACUCCACACGGAAUUCUAAUAGCUCAAAUGAGGAUACCAUUAGCACUUCUCGUUCCCAGGAGAGGAGACCCUCUUUACCAAGAUUAGCCGAGUUCAUAUCAUUACGUACGAGGUUCUCCUCGGGGUCGAUCAAGAAGGGACCGAGGCGCAUUUCACUCAAACGCGAGCGUAAAGCGGCCAAGACACUCGGCGUCAUCUUGGGAGCGUUUAUCUUCUGCUGGUUGCCGUUCUUCAUCGUGACAUUGAUAAGGCCCUACUGUUCAUGUGAGAUCAACUCAGUACUCGAGUCGUGUUUGCUGUGGUUGGGGUUCUUGAACUCGUUGCUCAACCCCAUUAUUUAUCCGUUUUUCACCAAGGACUUUGGACCUGCGUACCGCCGGAUGCUUUGUUGCACAUGUAUUCGAUUCAGGACAUCGGGGAAUAACUUCUAUAGGCGCACGCAGGUGACAUUCCGCCAGGUGCCACUGCCUGUCAAUGGACACGACGACGACGACAGUAGCGAGGACAACGACAGUCAGCACUCUGUCAUGGUCACCUUUCAGAUUAAACAUGAAGUUGAUAAAAGUGAACGCGAAGUCAAUGGAAACGUAGAUGUGGAACCAAAUGACUCGUCAGUAAACUGA